AUGCAAGCUGCAGUCGCUGGAUGGCGCAUGCAUCGAUUGCAUUUUUCUAUGCAUUUCAAGUUGCAUUCCUAACGGACAUAGGUUCGCUUCAAACGUCACUGCGUAACAUCAUUAGGUAGACAGUUCGAUUUUAUUUUAUGUAAUAUCGCGCGAAAUUUACGCGCUAUGUGAAAUCUCCGAAUUUCUUCAAAAUAUUCCGAGACAUUUAUUGCCCGAGACAAAGCAAGGCAAGGCAAGAUAUUAUCGUCUCAAGUGGCGGAGAGAGGUUAAGUUUACCUGUCGCUCGAGGAUACUUGCAGGAUAUAAAUAUGUCAGAUAAGGAGAUAACCGAUGAGAUUCAGGUGAUAUCCGAGAGACUUCAAGCCGCUACGACCAUCGAACCAGCACAGUACAAUAAUGCACAGUCACAACAACAGCAGAAGGGCAAGGGUUCGCAGAAAACCAAUAAUAAUAAUAGUGCGGCACGUCAAUCCUCAGAUAGCAAAAAGGCAGUCGCUAUCACUACAACCACGACCACUACCACGACGACUACCACAGAUGAUUAUAUCUUCUUGAGGAACGUACCCGAACUUAAUCUACCUGAGAAAAUUCUAUUUGUCAUCGAUACAGUGAGAGAACAGCAGUGCACUCCCUUCAAAUUAGGCACAGGUGCGACAUAUCCGCCGCUGUUCAUGAUAAAGCGUGUGGUGGAAAACUUUAUUGGCGCCAAGUCUACAAUACAGCCUGGAGUACAUGAGUACGCAUUGAUGAGCCUAGACUCUCGUGGCUCUUCCUGGCUCUGUGAUUACACCAGCAACACCAAGAUCGUCCUUAAUUAUCUGGAAGGUAUCGUAGAGGAUGUGCUGGACGAGGAACAGAAAACCUACGAUUUGGGGCUGCUGUUUGAGGCAAUACAGAUGCAGAUAGCAACGCCAGCGAGAAGUCAACCGACAUUCACUUCGCGCGUUAUUCUAAUAUAUGGACGAUCAAACUCCGUCCCGAAAUUCCACACUGGACAGACGUAUCUGGAAACUCUAACAGAGAAUCCAUACUUCUUCCUGGAUGUGUUGUUUGCUCACGAGCCGCCCAGCGAUGACAACAUGUGUGAGGCAGUAUACGCCGAAAUCGCAGCUCUAGACACAACGAGUUUUUCUUAUAUCUUCGAGGUAGGCAGAAAUGCUGCCAAGAUACAUGAUAAUAUGGCGAAACUACUGGCGCAUCCUUUGCAGCGACCACCACAAAAGGACGCUUCAUAUACUCUUUACUCAAUGACAGCCAAUCAAGAAGUGCAUACUAAUGUAUAGUGCCGUGUACGUUUGUUAGCAGGCAACUUAUUCUGGUGGAAAGAUUCGCGUAUUUUCCGCCGAAUCAAAUCUGCUUUGUUAACGCGGUAUAAUUCGAAAGCGAUAUCGUAUUUGCUCGGACCAGUAGCAUCUUUUAAACGAUUUUAUUUAUGUUUAUUAGAAAAGAUGUAGUAAAAAAACUUUAUAUUAUUAUAUAUUGUUCAAACGCGGUCAAAUAAAUAAAAUUAUUUUUAUAUAGAUUUAUACAAGAUAGUCUGUCCUGCGCAAGGAAAUCAAACGCAUGUUAGCAAAUCAAUCAUGUAAAAACUGCAA